AUGAACAUCCUCUCCGGUGAAGAUGAUGAAAGAAAAAAUGAUGGGUCAUUAGAUUCCUCGGUUUGGCCCUUUGCGAUUCACACAAAAAAUGGCAAAAGCAGCAACAUAACAGAGGUGGUCGAUGGUGGUAACCAAGAGCAGCUCUUCGGUGGUAGGAGGCUGCCCGGUAGCCUAGCGUCUGCUUCCUUUUUGCUUAUGUCGGCAGUAGUCAUCGGAGAGGAAGAGGGAAGAUUUCUGACACGCCUGCGCUACAUAUAUACGAGCAUACAAUCAUCCCCGAGAACCUCUGUCAUUCCUCUCCCAGAAAAAGCCGUUACAAAAAUGGAGGACCAAAUAAUCGCCACCAGCAAAACCGUCGGCGCCGUGAAGGCUAACAACGGCGGUGGACAACAAUUGCUAGAGACGACCAAAUCAGAGAGACACGUAUGGCUCAUGAAAUGCCCUCCAAUUGUGUCUCGUUCACUUACGCAACAACAGCAACAACAACCGCAAUUAUCGACGCCUCUCGACGCUUCUUCAGCUCCAAUCGGCGCCAAGGUUGUCGUCACCGUUGAUCCUCUCCUCCCUAACAAUGAUUUCUCAUCUACACAGUUUACUAUGGAGUUGCUUGGCACUGAAUCUGGGAGAGUACCCAAAUGUUACUCCAUGGACAUGUCAACAGAUUUUAUCCCAAUGUCUGUAUUUUCCGAAUCCAAACAAGGAAGGCUUUCUGUUGAAGGGAAAAUAUAUCAUAAAUUUGACAUGAAACCUCAUAAUGAGAACAUAGAGGAGUAUGGGAAGCUCUGUCGUGAAAGAACAAACAAAUAUAUGACUAAAACUCGACAAAUACAGGUUAUUGACAAUGAUAAUGGAGCACAUAUGAGGCCCAUGCCAGGGCUCAUUGCCUUCAGACCCCCUUCACAAACUCAGAGGAAGAAAGCUCCAGUGAAAGGAUCAGACACAAAAAGAACAAGAAGGGAUCGUGGAGAGAUGGAAGACAUUAUGUUUAAGUUAUUUGAGAGACAAUCCAAUUGGACAUUGAAGCAGCUUAUUUCUGAAACAGAUCAACCUGAACAAUUCUUGAAAGAUAUGCUUAAAGAUUUGUGCAUCUAUAACAACAAAGGAUCAAACCAAGGGACUUAUGAACUGAAGCCAGAAUACAAGAGAACCACAGAGGAACAAGAACCUUCUUCAAACCCCCAAGCUUUGACCAAGUGCGUAUGUACAUCACGCUGUUGUUUUGGGGGUCUUCGAGAGUGUGGAAGUGGAACGCAUAUUACCCCCCUUCCCUCCUUUGUAUUCAACGCAUCUUCUUCCCUUCAUUACUCUCCUUCAACAUUUUUUGAUUCUUUCAUCUGUUUUCUUUAUCACAUAUUAAACUCGUUGAUUUUUCAUCAAUCCAUCUUCCCGCAUCAUCGUCUUCUAAAGAUCAAAGUGCCAUAA